AUGUUGAAAUUAACCAAACCAUUUCAAAUAGGAUCACGGGCGCAGCAUCGCACUUAUGUUUGGUCUCAUGUGGCGUCCCACAGGGAUCGAUUCUGGGUCCUUUGCUGUUCUUAUGUUACAUACCCGGACUUCCUGAAGCGCUACAGACUGUUCCCCAUACAAGGUGUCUGGUAUGCGUGUGAACGGCUUCGAUGUUGUGUGUCAGAGUUACGGCAGAUUUGUUGUACCUCGGGCAAAGCUGAAGACAACAAUGGUGACUCUGGAUCGUUCCUGCUACGUGUGGACGAAGCUUUGCAGUUGUUGGAAGUCCAAGGAUCAUCUGUAGCCUCCGAAUCCUCAUGGACUCAACUCAUCAAUGACAUAAUCUAUCAGGCUGUUACCAUAGCCAAGAUGGCCACUGACCUGGACUACAACGAAAUAACAUCAGCCUGCCACGGGAUUUUGGAAAUGAAUUCUCAGUUGGUGAAUGAAGGCUCAGCUAAUUCAAACCAACUUUCUCACCUGACGGAUGCCAUGUUCAACCAUCUUGUCACUUUGGAGGAAAGGGUCAAUCUGGCCAUCCUCAGGCUUUUCUUGCAGGUAUUCUCAGAGCCAUGCAGACCAGUGAAGCAGUUGGUGCGCCAGUGUAGACAAGCGCCGCCCGACCGCUCUCUUGGUGAUCUGGACCCUCAAGUAGCUGAGCUUGACACUCACAUAGAACGAGUGAUGCUCAUUGUACAGUUUGCUGUCUCAUGCUGUGAAAAUGCUACCAGAGUUUUGGGCAUGAGGUGUUGUCUGGCCAGUGUAGAAUCUAUAGACAACUACUUAGUCCCAGCAUUAAAGGCAUUGUAUCUGACAGCUGGAUGUGAAGAUAAACGUAGGUUUGCUCAUUUGUUGUGUGACCACUGGCAAGACGAAACAAAAAAUCUCCAGUCUCAUUUAGACAAUAUAAUCGACUCCACAGCCUUCAUUAGGGUGGUGCAAGAGAGUGUGAAUGAUCUUAGCCAACAACUGUGCAGAGGAGAGACUAAGGAGGAAGUUGGCAGAGCAAUAGUCAAGCAGAGCUGGCUGUUGUACAAGCAUCUCUCUGGUUCUGGAUUGUCACUUGAUUUAACUCAGCUGAAGCAAUGCGUGAGUGAGUUUGAGGCUGCAGUCAACUGUGAGGUUUCACUUGCUGCGGUUGUCAAGAGAGCGAGACUGGUCUUGUCCGCUAUAGACAAGAUAGCCGACUCUCAGAACAACACACAACCAUGUUACCAGCAGCCUUUAGAUGAGAACACUAACCCAGAACCUUCACAAAUGGUCAGGAGUAUUAGAGAUCUCCCUCUUGAUAUAUCAUUAUCAACUUCAAAAUCUCAGCAUGCUUCUUACAGACCACCAUGGUUGCAGAGAAAAAUCAAUGACCUGAAAGAGAAGACACGAGUAAAAUCAGACAACAUAAAAUUAAAAGAAGAAAAAGAUGCAUUUUCUGCGAGAAGCGUAGUUGAAAAUUGUAUCACCCCCGAUCACAAAGCUAAAAUAAGUAAUUUUCAGACACCAAAAAAUACAGUGGAUAGUGAUGAGAACUUGUUGACUCCUUUUUUGAAGAAAACCACAGAGAGGAAUGCCACUCUGUACCAGAGAACACCUCGCAGAGUUGUCCAGAACCAGAUGUUGGACAGUCUGAGUCCAGCCUCGCAAUGUAGCUGGUCUGUUGGCCACCCUGCCAGUCUAGUAUUGGAUAUCUCAGAAAUUCUGGACAGCUUGAGUGAGCUUGCUGACACUUUUUCAUCCAUAAAAGAAGCAGAAGCGAUCAGCUGGCAACAGCCUCAGCCGACCCCAGCGUCAGACGCCAUGCACAAGUACUUCUCUGGCAACUCCUUAGACAGUCAAUGGUUCUCUUUGGCCUCUGUCAGGACUGAUGAAGUGUCUGCUGAUGUGGAAACUCCUGAGAGGCUACUAGACCUUCAACGAGUGGACGAGAAAAUACGCAACCUUAAGUUAUCAUGACCAAACUGUGAUCAUAGACUAAGGAAACAAAGCAGACGGGCAGCAGUCGUUGCGCGUGUGUUAGUUCAUGAUGCGUGUAUCAGGCAGCGCCACUGUUGAUGAUGCAAAAGAUCUCCUUUACCGACGCGAGUAUGACGAACGGUGUUCUCCUACUAAAUUACUUACAUUUUUAGAUUGAAAUUUACAUAUUUAUAAUCUGCAAAUGUUACAAAACAGAUAUAAAUCUGGAUUUAAACUAAAAGUCAUAAACAUUUCAGUUGAAUAGGUGUGAGAAAGGAUAGGAUAAGCAGGCUUACCUUAAGAAAUGUAGACAUCCCACUUCAUUCACUACAGAACACAGAAGAAAACACAAAACAAAAUAAGUUGGAUAAUAGUUAUAAAAUACAUGAGUAGUGAAUUCAUGAAGACAUAGACCUAAAUGACAUUGCAAGCGUGGAAUUUUAUUUGAUGUUCAUGAUAGAAAAAUAUUUUUUUUAAUAAAUGUAGAUAAAUAUCUACUUAAAUACUCUAAAACAAAAAAUCUUCUAUUAACUGGCAUAAAAUAUCUAAUUCCACAUUGUAAAAAGCAAGCGUACAGUCCUAGCAAUGUAAAAUUAAUUUUAGUUUGCGAUUGUAGCUGUUGUUGUAUUGUUAAUUAGGCCUAAAGCUUCGUUUGAUAAUUCAAAACGGUUCAUUUGUUUAACUCAUGUUUUGUUAUUUGUUUACUUCAAUGUACACAUAUUAAACAUACACUUCAAAAAUUUUGAAACUGCAUAUUAUUCCUUUAUACACAAAAUAAAAGGGUAUUUACUCAGGGGAGGUAUAGAUGAGGUUACGAUGACAGCUGUGGGUUCUCAUUAGCAGAGGGAACACCAUUACCGUAACAAUACGGUCUUCAGCCAUCGGCCUCGGUGGUCUAGUGGAUAGCGUGCCGGGCUAAUAUGCUGUGAGCCCCGGGUUCGAAACCCGCUGGUGGCACUAACUUUUUGACUAAGAUUUUUUCAUUAUCAGCACGUUUGGUUGGUUUGGUUCGGUUAUGACAGUUUAAUUUUAUUAUUAAGUCAUUAUAAAAUUUUAAUUGAGCAAUUUCUAGUUUUAUUUAUUGAACAGAAUUAUUUUUUCUAUUAAUAAACUUUUUUAUAUUAUUUCAUUAUCAGCAA